GGCGUACCAAACACGUCAGAAUUUCCCUCUUCCAAACCAUUUUCAGCCUUCGUGUUCAUUUCCCACCCAAACACACAGAAAACAACAACCAGAGGUUCCAAUGGCGAGUCUGAGAAGAGCCGCGAUCAACAUCCACAGAGUCAUCAACGCUAACAAACGCAACAUCACCGCCUCCACAACCCCCCUCACAUCAAGACCACUUUAUGGCUAUUCCAAGAUUUCCCCCUUCACCUCAUACCCUCAAUCUUACGAAAUUGAUUUGUCCACAGAAGAAUCCAAAAGGCGCUCGUUGAACAGGUUAUUGUAUAGAAGCAAACAACGAGGGUUCCUGGAACUUGACCUGGUUCUUGGCAAAUGGGUUGAGGACAAUAUUCACUCAUUGGAUGAAAAUCGAAUCAAAUCUCUCAUUCAUGUUCUUGACCUGGAAAAUCCAGAUUUAUGGAAGUGGCUAUCAGGACAGGAGCAACCCCCAGAAUCAAUUAGUGCAAACCCAGUCUUUGCUGCAAUCAAGGAAAAAUUAAUGAAAAACCUUGAUAGUCAUGCUGCUCCUGAAGUAAGAGCAAUGCCUGGGCAGCCAUGGGUGCGAGGCUGGGAUGAUAUUAAGAAAGGGCCGGGUGGUCCUGUAACUGGAAAUCAGUAGCUUGAGAGUGUAUGAUCUUGUCAUCUGUAUUCUAUAACAAUGAAUUAAAUCUGGUCCACCAUUUAUAACUAACUAAAAUAAGGGCUGGGUAACUGCUGCUGAAAGGUUUGUAUUUGGUAUAAGAGAUCUGUAAAAGCGGGAAAAACUAUAAAACGAUUAUGAUUUUCUGGGAAUCUUUAUCUAUAUUGUGUAUAAUUCAUUGUUUAGUGAUGACUUACUAUUAUGUUGUAA